AUGACUGGAAGAAAUAAAUCGCACUUCAGAAACAGCUGGGGUCCCACAUCGAUAUCGUCCCUAAGAUUUUCUAGAUCUGUAGACGAGGAAGACGAGGAUGAUGACGAGUUAAAACAGAUCCAGGCCAGGCAACUAGAUCCUCUUAAAGAGGACGUAGCUGAUUGGCUAAAUUCAACUUUAGGUAUCGACUACAUUAAUAAGGAUAACUUCCUGGAUGAACUGGAUAAUGGCGUAGUCCUGUGUCACUUGGCGCAAGUUAUUAGAAAAAGUGUUAAAAACGCAAUUGAUAAGGGCAUUGCAAAAGGGCCUGUGCCUAUCGUACGAGGAAAAUGCUUUGAAAAAGCCGCUAGAGGAAGUUUUUUUUCUAGAGACAAUAUGGAUAAUUUCAUCAGAUUCUGCAGAUCGCUCGGUGUUCACGAAAAUCUGCUUUUCGAAAGUGAUGAUUUAGUACUGCACAACCAACCACGAAAUGUGAUACUGUGUUUACUAGAAUUAGCUCGGAUAGCUAACAAAUUUGGUAUAGAACCUCCUGGAUUGGUGCAACUAGAAAAACAGAUCGCUGAAGAGGAGAGAGAUUCUAUUGAUUCCAGAUAUGGUUCACUAUUAACCUGGCAAUUCCCAGGUUUAACGGAACCAACAUCAAACUAUUCUAAACUAAAACAGAGUGCUUCAACGUCCGCUAUAUCUUCAAUAUUAACAUGGAGUCCGCAUAGUGUAAUAUUAGUAGAACAGCCAAACGGAUUAUCAUCCUUAGUUCCAGUAAACAAUACUAGCGGUGCUAGCGAUGGAGUGCCUAGCGAUAAUACUGAGGAUGAAGAUUGGUCGAGAGGUAGCGGUGAAGAUCCAGAUUUCGAUGUAACUCCACCAAACAGGCUGUCAUCUGGUGAUAGCGAUACACCUAGUCCCACUGCUACUACGCCUACGAACGAAUUAGAUAGGAAAGUACAGCUGGCUGCUCGUCUUAUGCAGAAGAACUGCAACUGUUCCAGCGGACGUUGUGAGAAAUUAAAUAUUAGGAAAGUUGGAGAAGGAAAAUACAAUAUAGCUGGGAAAAAUGUAUUUGUAAGGUUACUAAAAGGUCGUCACAUGAUGGUCCGAGUUGGAGGUGGCUGGGAUACCUUAGACCAUUUCUUGCUACGUCACGACCCCUGCAAAGUAAAAGUAAUGUCCAGGCAGACUCCCAGCAGACCCAAUAAUCCUUCAAAGUUCUUGCACAUUCGUGCAAAAUAUAGGAGUCCUCCAUCGAGAGAAUCCGUUACCCGUUAA